AUGCGAAGCUCAUACUUACAAAUAAAUCUAAUUAUCUAUCGACGGAAGGUUAGUGCUCGUAUCAAAUUCCUCGGCCGUUUUAAGGCGCCACUUUGUCGUGUAGACGUGUUGUUCCUGAUCUGUCGAUGUGCUUGCUUUCUCCGUCGUUGCUAUACCACUAUCCAGAUAUACACUUUCUUCCUUUCUUUGGUUUUCCUUUUUUUCUUUCCUUCUUUCUUCUGUUGUAUACAGUUCAGUUUCCGAACCCGACUCGCUACAACAGGGAUAUACACUUUCUUCCUCUCUUUGGUUCUUUCUUUCUUUCUUUCUUUCUUUCUUUCUUUCUUUCUUUCUUCUUCUUUACACAAUUCAGCUUGUAACAGAGAUAUACACUUUCUUCCUCUCUGGUUUUCCUUUUUCUUUCUUUCUUCUUCUUUACACAAUUCAACUUGUAACAGAGAUAUAUACUUUCUUCCUCUCUGGUUUUCUCUUUUCUUCAAACGCAGGCUGUAUUCUCAGCGUACAAAUUUCUCUGCGUCUUCAAUUUGGGGUUAUCGAACAGAAAUACUUGUUCUUAUAUUUCUUGUCCGGAGUUGCCUGGGAUGA